GUGACCUCGCGGGGUACCGCCUCCGUCCUUAAGGCGUGGGAGAGGGCGGACGCACCCUUGGAAGCCCCGACUGGAGUCCCACCGCCCUCCGCCCGCCGCCCGAGCGCAGCCAUGUCGCUUCUUCGAGGUGUGUUUAUUGUGGCUGCUAAGCGAACCCCGUAUGGAGCCUAUGGAGGUCUUCUGAAGGACUUCACCGCCACUGACAUGUGUGAAUUGGCUGCCAAGGCUGCUUUGUCUGCUGGCAAAGUCUCACCUGAAAUCGUUGACAGUGUCGUUGUAGGCAAUGUCAUGCAGACUUCUUCCGAUGCCAUAUUCUUGGCCAGGCAUGUUGGUCUGCGUGCAGGAAUCCCCAAAGAGGUCCCUGCUCUCACCGUGAAUCGACUCUGUGGCUCUGGGUUCCAGUCCAUCGUGACUGGGUGCCAGGAUAUUUGUGUGAAAGAUGCUGAGGUUGUCCUGUGUGGAGGCACCGAGAACAUGAGUCAGUCCCCAUUUUGUAUCAGAAACAUACGUUUUGGGACCAAAUUGGGAGAAAACAUGAAGCUAGAAGAUACGAUGUGGGAAUCAUUAACAGAUACACAUGUGCAAAUGCCCAUGGCAGUUACUGCAGAAAACCUCGCUGUGAAACACAAAAUCGGCAGAGAAGAAUGUGACAGCUAUGCCCUGCAGUCGCAGCAGAGGUGGAAAGCUGCUCAUGAUGCUGGCUACUUUAAUGAGGAGAUGGUACCGAUUGAGGUGAAGACAAGGAAGGGAAAACAGACCAUGCAAGUAGAUGAGCAUCCUCGGCCCGAUACAACCAUGGAACAGCUACAGAAACUUCCACCAGUGUUCAAGAAAGAUGGCGUCGUCACUGCAGGAAAUGCUUCGGGAGUAUGUGACGGUGCUGGAGCAGUCAUCCUGGCUAGUGAAGAUGCUGUCAAAAAACACAACCUCACACCACUGGCCAGAGUGGUGAGCUACUUUACCUCUGGAUGUGAUCCUGCUAUCAUGGGCAUUGGUCCUGUCCCUGCUAUCAGUGGAGCCCUGAAGAAAGCAGGACUGAGUCUUAAGGACAUGGACUUGGUGGAGGUGAAUGAAGCCUUUGCUCCCCAGUACCUGGCUGUUCAGAAGAGUUUAGAUCUGGACCCAAGCAAAACCAAUGUGAAUGGAGGAGCCAUUGCUUUGGGUCACCCAUUGGCAAGCUCUGGUUCAAGAAUUACUGCACACCUGGUUCAUGAAUUAAGGCGCCGAGGUGGAAAAUAUGCUGUGGGCUCGGCCUGCAUUGGAGGUGGCCAAGGUAUUGCAGUCAUCAUUCAGAACACAGCCUAAGAAGGAAGUGAACCCAGUGCACCCUGCUCCGAGGCCACAGGACAUCAGGUGACCUUCAGAGCAGCUGCCACCGCUGACUGUGCCCUGCCCCUGAAGCAGUGAUUGAGUUUACUCAACCCGUCACGAGGCAGAAAUGAUUUUGAUGGUGAAUGAGACUGUGCCAAAAUAGGUCCUCUCACAUUCACACCAAAUAUCAUGUAGUUCUGAACUAAAACUCAACUUUCAUAGUCUUAAAAAUUUUAUGUCCUUGUCAAACAGCUGCCACAUGUGCCUUAAAUAAUGGGAUUACAAGAAAUUGAAUAAAUGUUGCCUUAACCUCAGCUGAUCUCUUCCUGUCA